AUGGACGUGGACGUAGAAAUGGACGUGGACGUGGACGUGGUUGUGGACGUGGACGUGGACGUGGACGUGGACGUGGACGUGGAGGUGGAAGUGGACGUGGACGUGGACGUGGAAGUGGACGUGGACGUGGACGUGGAGGUGGACGUGGACGUGGACGUGGAGGUGGACGUGGACAUGGACGUGGACGUGGACGUGGACCUGGACCUGGACGUGGACAUGGACGUGAACGUAGACAUGGACGUGGACGUGGACAUGGACGUGGACGUGGACGUGGAAGUGGACGUGGACGUGGACGUGGACGUAGAAAUGGACGUGGACGUGGACGUGGACGUGGACGUGGACGUGGACCUGGACGUGGACAUGGACGUGGACGUGGAUAUGGACGUGGACGUGGACGUGGACGUAAACGUGAACGUGGACAUAAAAAUGGACGUGGACGUGGACGUGGACGUGGACGUGGACGUGGACCUGGACGUUGACGUGGACGUGGACGUGGACGUGGACGUGGACGUGGAGGACAUGGACGUGGACGUGGACGUGGACGAGGACGAGGACGUGGACGUGGACGUGGACGAGGAGGACAUGGACGUGGACGUGGACGUGGACGUGGACGUGGACGUGGACGAGGACGAGGACGUGGAGGUGGACGUAGACGUGGACGUGGACGUGGACGAGGACGUGGACGUGGACGUGGACGUGGAUGUGGACGUGGACGUGGACAUGGACGUGGACGUGGACGUGGACGUGGACGUGGACGUGGACGUGGACGUAGACGUGGACGUGGACGUGGACGUGGACGUGGACGUGGACGUGGACGUGGACCUGGACGUUGACGUGGACGUGGACGUGGAGGACAUGGACGUGGACGUGGACGUGGACGUGGACGUUGACGUGGACGUAGAAAUGGACGUAGACGUGGACGUGGACGUGGACGUGGACGUGGAGGUGGACGUGGACCUGGACGUGGACGUGGACGUGGACGUGGAGGACAUGGACGUGGACGUGGACGUGGACGUGGACGUGGACGUGGACGUGGACGAGGACGAGGACGUGGACGUGGACGUGGACGUGGACGUGGACGUGGACGUAGAAAUGGACGUGGACGUGGACGACAUGGACGUGGACGUGGACGUGGACGUGGACGUGGAUGUGGACGUGGACAUGGACGUGGACGUGGACGUGGACGUGGACGUGGACGUAGAAAUGGACGUGGACGUGGACGUGGACGUGGACGUGGACAUGGACCUGGACCUGGACGUUGACGUGGACGUGGACGUGGACGUGGACGUGGACGUGGAAAUGGACGUGGACGUGGACGUGGACGUAGACGUGGACGUGGACGUGGUUGUGGACGUGGACGUGGAAAUGGACGUGGACGUGGACGUGGACGUGGACGUGGACGUGGACGUGGAGGUGGACAUGGACGUGGACGUGGAGGACGUGGAGGUGGACGUGGACGUGGACGUGGAGGACGUGGACGUGGACGUGGACGUUGACGUGGAGGACGUGGACGUGGACGUGGACGUGGACAUGGACGUGGACGUGGACGUGGACGUGGACGUGGACGAGGACGAGGACGUGGACAUGGACGUCGACGUCGACGUGGACGUGGACGUGAACGUGGACGUGGACGUGGUCGUGGACGUGGUCGUGGACGUGGACGUGGACGUGGACCUGGACCUGGACGUUGACGUGGACGAGGACGUGGACGUGGACGUGGAGGACAUGGACGUGGACGUGGACGUGGACGUGGACGUAGAAGUGGACGUGGACGUGGACGUGGACGUGGACCUGGACCUGGACGUGGACCUGGACGUGGACGUGGACGAGGACGAGGACGUGGACGUGGAUGUGGACGUGGACGUGAACGUGGACGUGGACGUGGUCGUGGACGUGGUCGUGGACGUGGACGUGGACCUAGACCUGGACGUUGACGUGGACGAGGACGUGGACGUGGACGUGGAGGACAUGGACGUGGACGUGGACGUGGACGUGGACGUAGAAAUGGACGUGGACGUGGACAUAGACGUGGACGUGGACGUGGACGUGGACCUGGACGUGGACGUGGACCUGGACCUGGACGUAGAAAUGGACGUGGACGUAGAAAUGGACGUGGACGUAGAAAUGGACGUGGACGUGGACAUGGACGUGCACGUGGACGUGGACAUGGACGUGGACGUGGAGGACAUGGACGUGGACGUGGACGUGGACGUUGACGUGGACGUGGACGUGGACGUGGACAUGGACGUGGACGUGGACGUGGACGUGGACGUGGACAUUGACGUGGACGUGGACGUGGACGUGGACGUGGACGUGGACAGGGACGUGGACGUGGACGUGGACCUGGACGUGGACGUGGACGUGUACCUGGACGUGGACGUGCACGUGGAGGUGGACGUGGACGUGGACCUGGACGUGGACCUGGACGUGGACGACAUGGACAUGGACGUGGACGUGGACGAGGACGAGGAUGUGGACGAGGACGUGGACGUGGACGUGGACGUGGACGUGGACGAGGACGUGGACGAGGACGUGGACGUGGACGUGGACGUGGACGUGGAAGUGGACGUGGACCUGGACGUGGACGUGGACGUGGACGUGGACGUGGACGUAGACGUGGACCUGGACCUGGACGUAGACGUGGACGUGGACGUGGACGUGGACGUGGAUGUGGACGUGGACGUGGACAUGGACGUGGACGUGGACGUGGACGUGGACAUGGACGUUGACGUGGACGUGGACGUGGACGUGGACGAGGAGGACAUGGACGUGGACGUGGACGUUGACGUGGACGUGGACAUGGACGUGGACAUGGACGUGGACGUGGACGUGGACGUGGACAUGGACGUGGACCUGGACAUGGACGUGGACCUGGACGUGGACGUGGACAUGGACCUGGACCUGGACCUGGACGUGGACGUGGAUGUGGACGUGGACGACAUGGACGUGGACGUGGACGUUGACGUGGACGUGGACGUGGACGUGGACAUGGACGUGGACGUAGACGUGGACGUGGACGUGGACGUGGACGUGGACGUGGACGUGGACAUGGACGUGGACGUGGACGUGGACGUGGACGUGCACGAGGACGAGGACGUGGACGUGGACGUGGACGUGGACGUGGACGUGGACAUGGACGUACGCGUGAACGUGGACGUGGACGUGGACAUGGACGUGGACGUGGACGUGGACGUGGACGUGGACGUGGACGUGGACGUGGACAUGGACGUGAACGUGGACGUGGACGUGGACGUGGACGUGGACAUGGACGUGGACGUGGACGUGGACGUGAACGUGGACGUGGACGUGGACGUGGAGGAGGUGGACGUGGAGGACGUGGAGGAUGUGGACGUGGAGGACGUGGACGUGGACGUGGAGGACGUGGACGUGGACGUGGACGUAGACGUGGUCGUGGACGUGGACGUUGACGUGGACGUGGACGUGGUCGUGGACGUGGAGGACUUGGACGUUGACAUGGACGUGGACGUGGACGUGGACGUGGACAUGGUUGUGGACGUGGACGUGGACGUGGACAUGGACGUGGAUGUGGAGGUGGACGUGGAAGUGGACGUGGACGUGGACAUGGAUGUGGACGUGGACGUGGAUGUGGACGUGGACGUGGACGUGGAGCUUGCCUGGUCGAGGAGCGUGCUUGGUCCAGGAGCUUGCCUGGUCCAGGAGCUUGCUUGGUCCAGGAGCUUGCCUGGUCCAGGAGCUUGCCUUGUCUAG